GGUCUGCAGCCCCAUUCGGACUAAAGUAUUUAACUUGGUAAUCGUAAAAUUUAAAACUUUUCAAACACACUUUAUUAAUCUCAAUAAUAUUUUUCAUAACAUAUACAGUACGGAGUAUUUAACAAUAUUGCGGAAGCGAAUUUAAUAUUGACAUAUCAUAAAUCAUUUCAAAACUUGUCACAUCCAUCCCGACAAUCUCGCCCCAUCUGCCGCCAGGAUCACAUUAAUCUUUCUGUUUACCUGCGUGUAGCAAAUAAAACAUACUACACGCUCAGCGGUGAAGCUGACCAAGCAGCAAAAAAUUCCAGUCUUUAUCUCUUCGUUUUCCUCUUCGAUUUUUUUUCCCUAGAACCACCAAGAAGAAGAAUGGCAAGCUCUGGGGGAAUUGAGUAUGGUGCGUACACAUACGAGAACCUUGAGAGGGAGCUCUACUGGCCCGCUGAGAAACUCCGUAUCUCUAUUACUGGAGCUGGAGGGUUUAUUGCUUCUCACAUUGCCCGUCGGCUGAAGACUGAGGGCCACUACAUAAUUGCUUCUGACUGGAAGAAAAAUGAGCACAUGACGGAGGACAUGUUCUGUCAUGAGUUUCAUCUUGUUGAUCUGAGGGUUAUGGACAACUGUCUGAAGGUUACUAAAGGAGUUGACCAUGUCUUCAAUCUUGCUGCUGAUAUGGGUGGAAUGGGUUUCAUUCAGUCUAACCAUUCAGUUAUUAUGUACAACAACACAAUGAUAAGCUUCAACAUGAUGGAGGCUUCCAGAAUUAAUGGGAUCAAAAGGUUCUUCUAUGCCUCUAGUGCAUGCAUUUAUCCAGAGUUCAAGCAACUAGAGACUAAUGUGAGUUUGAAGGAAUCCGAUGCUUGGCCUGCUGAGCCCCAAGACGCAUAUGGAUUAGAGAAACUUGCAACUGAAGAAUUAUGCAAGCAUUACAACAAAGAUUUUGGAAUUGAAUGCCGUAUCGGAAGAUUCCACAAUAUUUAUGGUCCAUUUGGAACGUGGAAAGGUGGAAGGGAAAAAGCUCCUGCUGCUUUCUGUAGAAAAGCAUUAACUUCAACCGAUAGAUUUGAAAUGUGGGGUGAUGGACUUCAAACACGUUCGUUCACUUUCAUCGACGAGUGUGUUGAAGGUGUUCUCAGGUUAACAAAGUCAGACUUCAGGGAGCCUGUUAACAUUGGAAGUGAUGAGAUGGUAAGCAUGAAUGAAAUGGCAGAGAUGGUUCUCAGCUUUGAGGAUAAGAAGCUGCCCAUUCAUCACAUUCCUGGUCCAGAAGGCGUACGUGGUCGAAACUCCGACAAUACCCUCAUAAAAGAGAAACUUGGCUGGGCCCCAACAAUGAGAUUGAAGGACGGGUUGAGGAUUACGUACUUUUGGAUAAAGGACCAAAUUGAGAAAGAGAAGGCUCAAGGUACUGAUAUUUCCAGAUAUGGAUCUUCUAAGGUGGUGGGGACCCAAGCUCCGGUGCAACUUGGGUCCCUCCGUGCCGCUGAUGGCAAGGAAUGAGUUCCUCUCCCCCCCCCCCACCCCCCUCCAUAUUUGUGCUAAUAAGUUGAAGCCAAGGUUUGGUACAACGGCCACGUCUUCUAUAGACAUUAUGGAGAUAUGUUAAAAAAGAGUGUUUUAUUGGUGGAAGUUGCUCUGUGCGGAGGGCGUAUUUAUCCUCCUGUUUUCUUUUCUACCUUUAUGGCGGGACCCCCCUGACGUUCUGCGUCGGGGUUUUCCCCUUCUAUCCAUCUUUUGGAGUAUUAGGUUUUGAAAAAAACUAAGGUGCACUGUAUCAUUUUCUUAAAUGCCCAUCGUCUUUCCUCCUACUAGUGUCGUGUGGCUCUGCAGUUUUGCCAUAACAUCUAUGUACCAUAUUCAAUAAGGGUAUAAUAAUGCACUUCUUUUGUG